AUAUGCCGGGGAGACCGUUUGAUGAAGGAAGGGAAGCACGGGGGAAGCAGACAGAUUAUAAAACUCAAAGAAUAUUUCUUCCCCCCGAUCUCCUCUAUAAAUAUGAAACUUAGAGAGCAUGGAAAAAGCAAGAGACAAAGCCUCCUCCUCCUCCUCCUCCUCCUCCUCCUCCUAUCCGAAUAACACAAGAUCAGAGGCGUAAGGAAAGAAGCUAAGCGAGAUCAGAGAAUGAAGAAGAUCGGCUCAGGAACUCCUCCACCGAGAUCUGAAGGCCAGAGGCCGAAGAAACAAGAACAGGCAGAAGAAAACGUCGGUUUCGGGAACAAGAAGGACGAUCGCAGGUUCGUCGCGGCGGAUGAAAGGAAGGCGAUAGGGACGGCGAAGAAGGACGAUGCUAUGACGAAGCUGGAGAGGAAGACGACGGAGGACAUCAACGAAAGCGCGGAAGCAUUCAUCCAGAAGUUCCGGCAACAGCUGAUGAUCCAAAGGCUGGAGUCCAUUGAGAACUACGAGAAAAUGCUGGCAAGAGGGCUCUGACACUCAUCUUUCUCUGUGUUUAUGUGUGUGCGCGGCACGCACUCAUCUAGACAAUCAUUGAAUUUAUUCUGUAAAAUUUCGAUUCUCGUUUAAUCUAGAAAUCUCAUGCAUGUUGCAGGGGACACCCUUUUUUGAUUA